AUGUACUAUGUGAUCCCAUGUAAAUAUCCCAUGUACUAUGAGGUAAUAUGUAAAGAUUCCAUGUACUAUGAGAUAAUACAUAAAUAUCCUGUGUACUAUGAUAUCCCAUGUAAAGAUCCAGUGUACUAUGAUAUCCCAUGUAAAGAUCUCAUGGACUAUGAGAUAUGUAAAGAUCAUGUGUACUAUGAGAUCCCAUGUAAAGACCCCUUGUACUUUGAGAUACUAUGUAAAGAUCCCGUGUACUAUGCGAUCCCAUGUAAAGAUCCUGUGUACUAUGAGAUCCCAUGUAAAGAUCCUGUGUACUAUGAGAUAAUAUGUAAAGGCCCCGUGUACUGUAAGAUAAUAUGUAAAGAUCCUGUGUACUAUAAGAUAAUAUGUAAAUAUCCUGUGUCCUAUGAGAUCCGAUGUAAAUAUCGCGUGUACUAUGAGAUAUGUAAAGAUCCUGUGUACUAUGAGAUAAUAUGUAAAGAUCCUGUGUACUAUGAUAUCCCAUGUAAAGAUUCUGUGUACUAUGAGAUAAUAUGUAAAUAUCCUGUGUCCUAUGAGAUCCCAUGUAAAUAUCGCGUGUACUAUGAGAUAUGUAAAGACCCCAUGUACUAUAAGAUAAUAUGUAAAGAUCCUGUGUACUGUGAUAUCCCAUGUAAAGAUCCAGUGUACUAUGAUAUCCCAUGUAAAUAUCGCGUGUACUAUGAGAUAUGUAAAGACCCCAUGUACUAUAAGAUAAUAUGUAAAGAUCCUGUGUACUAUGAUAUCCCAUGUAAAAAUCCAGUGUACUAUGAUAUCCCAUGUAAAGAUCCCAUGUACUAUGAGAAAUGUAAACAUCACGUGUACUAUGAGAUAAAAUGUAAAUAUCCCAUGUACUAUGUGAUCCCGUGUACUAUGAGAUAA